CCUUAGGAUGGGGACCUUUUUUUUUCCAAUUUGGACAGGAGCUUUCUCUGUAGGCCAGGAGGGCCCUGAACUCAUGGCCAGCCUCACGCCAAGGUUACAGAUGUGAGCCACCAAGCUUGGUUCCUCGUUAGUCUCGAAGACAUGUGCUUCAACCAGGUAUUCCUGGUGCUCCAGAAGAUGGGGAUGUCAGCGCCCAGGUUGGGGUUCGCACCCCGAAAUGCAGGCGUGAGGGGCGGGUCCCGGCUUCGGCCCGCGCCGCCCCAUGUGACCCGGUCCGACAUGGUGUCGCCUCCUCUCGAGGAGGCGGCGGCGGCGGCGUCUUCGGCUCCGCUGCGUGUCGAGCCGGCCCCGCGGCCGCUCAUGGGCAGCCAGGGCCGCUCGGGUGCCCCCGGGUGCCGCGGGCCCCGGGAAGGCGAGGGCGGGGAGGCGAGGGAACUGCAGGAGGCGAGGGUCGCGCGGGGAAAGCGAGGGAAGGGGAAGGGGAAAGCGGGCACCGGGCACGGCGGAAGAGGAAGCGGGGCGGAAGGGAAGCCGGGCCUGCGGCCGGCCAGGACGCCAGCGGGGCCGGGGGCUGAGGCGGGCCCGGGGCAGGAAGCCGAGGAAGGCGGAGGCGUGGAGGAAGGGCCGGGAAGCUCCGGGGAGCGGGAUGCGGGGAGCGCAGGGCCCGGGGAGGAGCAGGAACGGAGGGUCGGGCCCGGGCGGCGGGAGGACGGCAGCCUGGAGAGGGCACGGGAGCGUGGGUGUCGGGCGUGGGGCGGCAUCCCGGGGCCCCGGACGGCCAUGGCGGCGGCCGCCGAGGACGAGGCGGCGGCGGCGGCCACACGGCCGGCCGCGGGGCCCGCGCUCUGGCGCCUGCCGGAGGAGCUGCUGCUGCUCAUCUGCUCCUACCUCGACAUGCGGGCCCUCGGGCGCCUGGCCCAGGUGUGCCGCUGGCUGCGGCGCUUCACCAGCUGCGACCUGCUCUGGCGCCGGAUAGCCCGGGCCUCGCUCAACUCCGGCUUCACGCGGCUCGGCACCGACCUGAUGACCAGCAUUCCAGUAAAGGACCGAGUAAAGGUGUCUCAGAACUGGAGACUGGGGCGCUGCCGAGAGGGGAUUCUGCUGAAGUGGAGAUGUAGUCAGAUGCCUUGGAUGCAGCUGGAGGAUGCUUCUCUGUACAUAUCUCAGGCUAAUUUCAUCCUGGCCUACCAGUUCCGCCCAGAUGGUGCCAGCUUGAACCGCCGACCCUUCAGAGUCUUCGCUGGGCAUGAUGAGGACGUGUGUCACUUUGUGCUGGCAAACUCGCAUAUCAUCAGUGCAGGAGGAGAUGGGAAGAUUGGUGUUCAUAAGCUCCAUAGCACCUUCACUGUCAAGUACUCAGCCCAUGAGCAGGAGGUGAACUGUGUGGACUGCAAAGGGGGCAUCAUUGUGAGUGGCUCCAGAGACAGGACGGCCAAGGUAUGGCCUUUGGCCUCGGGCCGGCUGGGGCAGUGCUCACACACCAUCCAGACUGAAGACCGAGUCUGGUCCAUUGCUAUCAGCCCAUUACUCAGUCGCUUUCAGCAUGAAAUAUGGACCCUCAAACUCCAGGCUUAACAUGAGGUACUUUUGACCAAGAAAAAGCAGGAAUUCUGACCUGUGUCUAAGUAUCGCUUUUCCUUCUUUCUGCAGCUUUGAAUUUUUAGUUUGUAAACAAUUGUAGAAGGUGAUAUUUAAUACCAGUUGUGUGCUCAAAGCUAUGU